AUGAGUAACGAGACAGAAUGGUGUGUGUACAUUUCAGAUAUGAUCAUUCCUUGGCUUACAUCUUCCUCUUAUUAUCUGUGCUAUUAUUUGGACUACUGGCCAAUGUUUUACUAUUGGCAACAUUCUCUGAUAACAAACCGACCAGUCUGCGUUUGAAUCCUAGUAAUAUGUAUAUUUGCAACAUGGCAUGUACUCAGGUAAUCGCGACAUUUUCUGCAGUACUAACCAUAGAUAACGUCUUACAAACUUGGACUACUGGACAAUUCACGUGCAAGAUUACUUUCUUUAUCUUACAAGCCAGCUAUCAACAGGUUGCAUUCAUUUUACUGAUCCUACAUCUUCAGGAGUUAAUCAGGCUUAAACAUGUCAAAUGUUAUCAAAGAUGGUCCAUUUUAAAGCACUGGAAGAAGAUUAUGGUAAUAACGUGGCUUCUUAUAUUGACAUGUAACACUCCACAGUUAUUCUAUCAAGAAGUGCAAAGGUGUGCAGAUGAAUCCCCAAAGUCAGGAGUAGAGACGUUGGUCUGCGGUUGUGAUCAUAAUUCGUUUUCAUACAAAUUGCACCGGGCAUACACAAUAACUUUGUACAUUAUUAAAUUUCUCAUCACUCUUGGUUUAAAUAUUAUCAUUCGACGGACACUUAAUUUUAUGUCAUCAAAUACAACAGCUUCAUCAUCGACAGGAGGAAACGUCAUUUUGCUGCGAAAGAGAGAAUAUACAUUAAAAACACUUUCAAUGCUGUUCAUACUAAAUUUUGUGUUAGCCUCGCCACAGAUAAUCUUAGAGUUUUUUCAUGACUAUGAGAUCCCUGGCUCAAGCACAACAUCCUAUAUAUGGUUGCUAGUUCAGUUUUUGUAUUUCAGUCGUUAUUCUUGCUGUUCAAUUGCCUAUAUUAUCAUGGACAAAAAGUGUCUUCAAAAUGCCAAGGAGAUCGUGAGGUGUAUUUGUUUAUAUUAGGAAAAUAUUUGACUGCAGUUUAAUAGUUGUACUUUUCCAGGUUGUACGUAUACACUAUAUACGGUCGAGGGGCAUCGUGGUUGUGCGCAGUUGUGUGCGCACCGUUAAUAAAUUCAUCUAAAUUCACUACAUGUGGUCUUCACCACAUCAUGUCAUCUGACCUCACUAUCGUGGUAAUCGUGCGAAAACAAAUGCAGUGUUUGAGGAGUAUUUGGGAAAUCACUUACACAUGGGUUACAUCAAAACGCCUACAAAAUAAGGAACGAGAAUUCAACUAUUAUUCCAUUGACAAUUUGCGAUGGUACAUUCAGAUUCAGUAAUUUCAAGAGUAUUUGAAAUAUAUUGUUUGUCAGGUUUUGCUUCGAUUUAAAGGUGAUUUUAUCCAGUAGCCUAAAAGAGCAAACUUUAGCAUCGCAUCGCA